AUGGAGAGAGGGUCAAAAAUGCACCAAGUUUGGGGAUUCUUGCUCUUGUGGGUCAGCAUUCAAGCUCAGAUGAAGAUACCACCAGAGACUGUGCAGCAGUGGGCAUCCAUCUUGUCGUCACAACUUCGAGUUCUGUCCACAAAAUAUUCAGGAUCCCUUCUUCUUCAGAAGAAACUGAAGGAUGUGGAGCCCAUCAUCCAGAUGUAUGACGUUGCCGGAGUCGAUCUUGUCAAGGAUUAUGCCGAGCAGAUUGAACGCAUGCUGGGCAGCAAAAUGAAGUCUGUCAAGAGGUUGGCUGAAUCAGCAGAAGACGCUGAUCUCUACCAUGAUUUCAAUGCUUCCUUAGAGUUCGACUACUACAACUCGAUGCUGAUCAACACAGUGGAUGAGGAUGGUAACACCGUGGAGCUGGGUGGCGAGUUCCCGCUGGAGGAGAACGAGCACUUCAACAAAAUGCCCGUCAACACGCAACAGAGCACCAUCCAGGUGCCCACUAACGUCUACAACAAAGACCCGAACAUCUUAAAUUCCAUCUACAACUCGGAAGCCCUCAAUGACGUCUUCAUGGCAAACUUCCAGAAGGACCCGACACUCACCUGGCAAUACUUUGGCAGCUCCACUGGCUUUUUUAGAAUCUACCCUGGUAUCAAAUGGACUCCUGACAGCAAUGGCGUGGCGGCGUUUGACUGCAGGAACCGAAACUGGUACAUCCAGGCAGCCACUUCUCCCAAGGACAUUAUAAUUAUGGUGGACAUCAGCGGCAGCAUGAAGGGCUUAAAGAUGACCAUCGCCAAACACACCAUCAACACCAUUCUCGACACCCUGGGCGAAAAUGACUUUGUCAAUGUCAUUGCUUACACAGAUUAUGUGCGCUACGUGGAGCCGUGCUUCAAAGGAACUCUUGUCCAGGCUGACCUGGACAACAGGGAGCAUUUCAAGCUGCUGGUGGACGAGCUUCAUGUAAAAGGGGAAGCAAAGAUCAAAAACGCAAUGAAGGAAUCCUUCAAGAUCCUCAAUGAGGCACGUGUCAAAGGUCAGGGCAGCAUGUGCAACCAGGCCAUCAUGUUGAUCACAGACGGCGCUAUGGAGGAUUUUGAGUCCGUCUUUGAGGAGUUCAACUGGCCCGACCGCAGAGUACGUGUUUUCACAUAUUUGAUUGGAAGAGAGAUGACCUUUGCCCAAAACACAAAGUGGAUUGCAUGCAACAACAAAGGCUACUACACACACGUGUCGACUCUGGCUGACGUACAGGAGAACGUGAUGGAGUAUCUGCACGUGCUGAGUCGUCCGAUGGUCAUCAACCAUGAUCACGACAUCAUCUGGACCGAAGCCUACAUGGAUACUGUGCUUCCCAAAACCAAGGAGCUGUUUAACACCAAAGCGCAAAGUCUGCUGCUGAUGACGUCAGUCGCGAUGCCCGUCUUCAGCAAGAAGAAGGAGACGCUGUCCCACGGGAUUCUGCUGGGCGUGGUGGGCACUGACGUUCCCCUCAUGGAGGUCAUGAAGCUCGCACCCAGAUACAUGCUGGGCGCUCACGGCUAUGCCUUCCUCAUCACCAACAACGGCUACAUCCUCGCGCACCCUGACCUUCGACCUCUGUACAAGGACGGCAAGAAGCUGAAGCCAAAGCCAAAUUAUAACAGUGUUGAUCUGUCUGAAGUGGAGUGGGAGGACAGCGAGGAGACGCUGAGAACAGCCAUGGUGAGGGGCGAAACGGGAAGCCAUAGUCUGAAUGUUAGGGCGUCCGUGGAGAACGGGAGGAGACCACUGUUCCUGGUCAACGAAUACUUCUACACAAAUAUUGACGACACUCCUUUCAGCUUCGGCAUGGUGCUGACCAAAGGUCACGGGAAGCUGAUGUUCGUGGGAAAUGUGUCUGUGGAAGAAGGGCUCCAUGACUUGACUUCUCCGGAUCUCAGUAUCGCAUCCGAGUGGACAUAUUGCGAGACGGACAUUGACCCCGCCCACCGCAAAUACACUCAACUGCAGGCGGCUAUACGCUACUUACUGGGCAAGGAGCCUGACCUGGAAUGUGACGAGGUUCUGCUCCAGCAAACCUUGUUUGACGCAGUGGUGACGGCACCAAUGGAGGCGUACUGGAACGCCAUUGUGCUCAACGACAGAGUGGAGCCCGGCAUGGAGGCAGCCUUUCUGGGUACACGUGCUGGCCUGAUGAGGGUCAUGAGAUACGCCGGCACAGAGGCGCGUGUUGCCAAAAAGUUCCUGACCCCUUCAGACAAGGAAAACCUGUUCACUAUAGACCACUUCCCAUUGUGGUACCGACUGGCUGUGGAGAAUCCACCUGGGAGUUUCUUCUACUACCCUGUUGAUGACAAAGGCGUGAAGUUCGUGGUUGCCACGACGUCGGUAACCGUAUCAGCACAAGGGAAGACGGCCAUUGCUGGAGCUGUUGGCCUGCAGAUGUCCUUGGAUUUACUGGAGAAGACAUUCUGGGCCAUCACCAAGCAGGGGAGCGACACAGACUGUUCAACCAUUGAAGGAUUGUGCCCCCUCAACUGUGAAAGCGAUGAUCUGAGGUGUUUGCUGGUGGACAAUCAUGGUUUCAUCCUGCUUUCCAAGGAGAGGAAGGAGGUGGGUCGUUUCGUGGGGGAGGUGGACGGCGCUGUGAUGGCGACGCUCAUGAAGAUGGGCAUGUAUAAAAAGGUGUCGCUGUUCGACUACCAGGCUAUGUGCAAGAAUAGCCAUCAUCACACCAGCAGCGCUCGACCUCUGCUAAGUCCUUUCUAUGGCCUGGUGGCGAUCAUCCGCUGGAUCUUUUCCAAUGCGCUUAUGUUCGUGUUGGACUUCAACCUGUGCGGUUUGUGGCACUCGGAUUACUAUGUGGACGCCAAGGCUGGAUAUCACACGACUCACAAGCAGAAAAAGGUUGAAGCGCUGGUUCCAUGCGAGACAGCCUACCAUGGAUUUACGUACGACACGUCCGUCAAGGAGGCAAAUAGUAUCAUCAAAUGUGGACGCUGCCAGAAGAUGUUUGUGGUGCAGCAGAUUCCCGACACCAACUUGCUGCUGCUGGUGACGGAGGCAAACUGUGAUUGUUCACGCCAGUACGGCCCCAUCCUGCUGCAGCCUAAAGAGAUCAAAUAUAACGCCACCGUCAAGUGCAACCGGAUGAAGACGCAGAAAGUGCGCAGGCGCCCUGAGUCUUGCCACGCCUACCACCCCAAGGCUUUGCCGGGCACUGAGAGGCGGGUGACCCUGUGGUGGUUGCUGGACUCUCGAAUGUCACCCGAGCUCCAAACGGAGCAGAUGAGUGCCUGCAACUCCCGCAGGGCGGCCCUUUCGGACAUCCUCAAGGGUUGGCACAACAAUGUUGACCAGUGGAUCAGGCGUCAGGCAUGCAAUGCCCUUGGCGGGGAGCUCUCAGCUGGGAGGCUCGGCCCCACGCAGCUCCUCAAAGUACUAAACCCAGCGCCACGGGGCGUCCUCUUCCGACAGGACUGUGCCAUCAGCAGCUAG